AAGAGCCAGACGCCACUGAGAACCGAACACCGAAAGACGCAGCGGGAAGGUCAAGUCGACACAAUCUGGGAUUGACCACAAAGUGUGCCUGUAAACAUUUAGGAUAAAUUAUAGCAAGCAAAAGCGGAUGCUAGGAUAUUCCUAUGCUUUAACGAGGCAUGGAGAAACAACAGGCGGAUUCUUUGCAGAAAUCGCCUGUACCUAAGCCCGUCACAUCUACAGAUACUGAAAUUAAUGGACAAAGUACCCAAGUUCUUACUAAUGGUUCUCAUCUAGACAAAAGCCCAGAAUCUACCGAGAAGUUACCUUCAGCCACAUAUCAAGACGGAAUACCGUGUAAAGAAUCCUUUGUUGAUAAGAAGCCCAUAGAAAGUGCCGAUUUAGAUGAGAAAACAAAAACUGAAGUUAAAAAAUCAAUAGAUGGAGAAGAGGUACCUCACGCAAUCAUAUCAGUAGACAUCCAGAAAAGUAUGCCUUAUGAAAAACAUGCAGUUCCUCAGGAAGUGGGAAAAGAUUCCAAAGGGGAUGUACCACCUGAAGUAUUGGCUUCUGUAGUUACAACCGCUGUAGUUAAUGAAGCUGCAUUGACUGUCAGCGGUACAGACGCUAGUAUAAUCAAUGGUACUAAAAUAGUGAGUGAUUCAAGUAAAGUUGAUGCAGUAGUUGAACAAGAGCUAAGCAAAAUGAGUGAUUUAAAGACUGAUAAUAUUGAACUUCAAAACGGAGAAGAAAGUUCCAAACCCAUACUAAACGGCGAUAUUGACCAUUCUCCUCUUAGCGAAGAUACUACUGCAGAAACGGCAUCACAUUUAACUGAAACAUCAACAUCUUCGAAAGAGGAAAUCAAAGCGACGAAAGAGGUAAGUGAUAAGAAGGACACCACACAUCCAAUUAAAUUAGAAUCCGAAUUACCGAAACAAAGCAUAUCAGAAACUAGUAGUAAAUUAGAAGAUACAAGUGUUGAAAAAAGGCAAUCUAUAGAUGGUGGGCAAGUUAAUGGAGUGCCAGGGAUUAUUACCGUAGAAUCCAUUACUAAACGAGAAUCUACUGAAAUUUUCCGUGGAGAAGAAAUAGGUUCAGUUACAGAUGCUGAUAAGCAAAAAUACAACAUUGAGACAAUGACUUCAAAUUCAGUUACUUUAUCUGAAGAUUUAGAAAACGUUAAAGGAGUGCCAGGAAACGUAAAAGAAACAGACGCCAAUAAAAAUGAGCCAGAGAGCUCUGAGAAGUUAUCAAAGCCAGAUGAAAUGAAAUCAGACAAAGAAACCAAAGUAGAACUUCCAAGCAUAGAACACAAAGUCGCCGACGAUAAUUUAACAGACAGCGCGAAACUGUUGCGCGAAAAUUUAACUGAUAGCGCAAAACUCAAAACAGAAAUAACUGAAAAACCGAAAAUUGAGCCAUUAGUUAAAUCCGAAAGUGAAAUAAUUAUGGAGGUGCAUAAAACCAAAAUCGUUGACGCCGCCGUAGAUAAAUCAAAAGAAGAAACGCCUCAAAAAUCCAAAGCAGAAAAUAUAGAACAACAAGACAAAAAAGAAGAAGAUAGCUCCAAAUCUAAAGAUCAAGUUAAAAAGGAUGAUACGCUCUAUGCGGCAAAACUUGAUGAAGGCAAAAUUGAAGAAAAAGGCGCGAAAGAAAGCAAAGACCUUGAGCAAAAAAGUGAAGUAAUAAGUGAAAAAGACAGUAAAGAAAGCAGUUCAGCUACUGAAGUUGAGACUUCCACAUUUCUUGAAAAGAAAGAAAUAGACCAAAAAGACAUUACCUCAGAUGAAGCUUCACCAAAAAUAUCUCCACUUCCUGAUGAAUCCAUCAAAACAAAAGAAAUCUGUGAUAUACAGACUACGAAAUCACCUUCUCUAAGUCCUAAGAAAACUAAAACAGAAGAAGGAAUUUCACCGUUUAUAACAUCUGUACCCAUCUCAGAAGAAGGCAGUAAAUCGGAAGGUGUUGCAUCCGAGCCACAAACCGAGAAAUCUAUAGCUGAAGAAAUGGCUGAAUCAAACAAAACUUCUGAAACCGUCUGUGAUAUGUCAUUGAUGAUGACGUCACAAAUUCUAACACCAGAGCUUCUCAGUGCCGAAGAAGAUACAGAAUCUAUCGAGAAAACUAAGGAAGUGUCUGAAACACUCAUUUCGGGAGAAACCAGAAAAGAUGACACACGAGAGAAGUCUCUAGAGAAAUCUGACGUUACAGAACUACAAAGAGAGGAGAGCUGUCGAAUAUCAGCCGCGAGAUAUUCACCAGAGACAUGUGACGUAGCAGUGGGGCUGGAUGAACACAGAAUGAUUCGAGUAGCAGCUGGAGAUGGAGGAGAAGAAGAGGUUGACGGCCAGCAAGCAAGUGCGGAAGUCGAGCUAACAGAUGAAGCCUUACAAUCCCAUACUGAUGAAGAUGCAGGGAGUGAAAACAUCAUGGGAAAUGGAGCAGCCAGCCCCUCAAGUGGAACACCCUCUAGUGAUAGAGUGGCUUCAUCAGCUAAAAUAUCAGCCACGCCUUCGAGUAAGCCAUCUUCUGGCAUCAGCCAAAAAGACGAUGAAUCUCAAAAAGAUGAAGACAGUAAACCAGCAUCGGCAGUAUCCCGGUCUUCCAUACCAGACCCUAUUAUAUAUGAGCCUCCAGAAAGACGAAAAUCGGCUACCUCGACUACCAGCGAAGACAAAAAGGAUCUUGACGCUGAUAAGUCCCAAAACGACGAACAAGAAUCGGAAAAAUCAGCAGAAAGAAAGGCUGAGGAAGAGCGCACCGAAGAAACUUCAGCUGAAGAAUCAGAUAAGAAAGAGGAAGUGAAGAUCAUAGAUAAUAAAUCUGAAACUACAAAAGAAGUGGCUGAUUCUAAAGCAGAAGAGAAAGUGUCAAUCACUACAGGAGACGAAGAGAAAGAAAAAGAGGAGAAAGACCUGGAUAUUAAUAAAGAAGUGGAAAAGGAAGAUGAAAGCAAAAAGGCGAUAGAAACUGAAAAGGUAACGGAAGAGAAAACAGAAAAGGGUGUUGAAGAUGAAAAAGAAAAAGAAACAAUCGAAUCUAAAAGAGAAGUUCCAGAAACUGAAAAAGAAUCGGAUGGGGAAAAGGCUAAAGGUGUUGAUAACAUUAAAGCACCAACUGAAAAAACUUCAGAAGCAGCGAAAGAAACAGCUGAUUCUCAGCCGGCUGAAAUUUCAGGAUCACAAUCUCCGACACCAUCAGUAAAAGAAGAUGAUAAAUCUGACAAAGCAAGCGAAAAGAGAGAUGAAGCUUUGGAUAAACAUUCUGAAGAAUCGAGCAAAGAAAAGCCUGAUGAGGAAACCAAAUCUGAAGAAAGCAUAGCUGAAAAAGAAAAGGAAGUCAGUGCCGAAAAGUCCGAAGAAGAAGGUAAACUCGAAAGCUUAGAAAAGCAAGAUAAACCAGAAAGUUCAGAAAAAGAAGACAAAGCCGAGGGCCUUGAUAAAGAAGCAAGACCCGAAGUUUCUCAAAUGGAAGACAAAGCCGAAAUUUCACAAAAAGAGGAAAAGGCCGAAAUUUCUAAAGAGGAGACAGAAAUUACUAAAAAAGAAGCUGAUUCCGAAAUUUCUGAAAAAGAAGUUGAUAAGACCAACCUUCCCGGAAAAGAGGAUAAAGCUGAAAUUUCUGAGAAAGAGAGAGAGUCCCAAACUUCUGAAAAGGAAGAUAAGGCUGAAGUUCCGGAAAAAGAAGACGAAGCUGAAAUUUCUGAGAAAGAGAAAGAAGCUGAAAUUUCGACUGAUGAAAAAGAAACUUCCGAGAAGGAAGACAGACCUACAACACCUGAAAAGGAUUCAGCGGAACCUGAAGCCAAAACGACGGUAACGGAGGUACUAGAAGAACCGAAAACCUUAGUUCAAGAAGAAUCAAAAGUUGAUGAGACAUCUGAAAAAGAGGCGGGUAAGUCUGAGGAAAAAGAAGAGGACGACACAGAAAAAGAGACCACACCAGACGAAGAGGUUAAAAAGGAGGACAAAGAAGAAGACCAGGAGAAAAUUGCCGCAGAAAAUGAAGUGAAAAAAGAAGCGGAAACAACAGUGAUUGAAGAAGCGGAAACCGUGAAAAUUGAAGAAACGGAAGAGGCAGCUGAGAAACCUGAGGAAGAAGAAGAAAAACCAUCAGCAAGUAUCACAGAGGAAGCAAAAUCAUCAGAAGUCGGAGCAGAGAAAGAAGAACCUGCAGAAGAAGAAAAAACUGCAGAAGAUGCAGAAGAGGCAAGAAAAUCUGAAGAGAGCGAAGGAGAAGCUGAAAAAGGAGAAUCAGAAGCCGAGGAGGAAAAGAAAGAUGAAGAAAAGAAAGAGCCUGAGCAAGAGGAUGAAGAAGAAAAACAAGAUGAAGGCAAAGAACAUGAAGAAAAGCCAGAAUCGCCACCCAAAUCUCCAACCAAGAGAAUGAGAUCACCUGACAAAGCUGGAAGAAGAGGAUCUCUGCCUCAGCUUCGCCUCGUGCCCAAAGGUAGCGGCGGAUGGGGAGUUAAGGGGUUGCCGCCAGUUGGACGAAUAUCGCCAAUGGAAGGUGUUUCUCCAAUUUCAUCUCCUCCAAAGCCACUGAAGACUCCACCAUCACCGCAGAAACCUCAAAAAUCUACAUCCCCGAAGAAGAAAAAUGGUAUGCUGUCUCCUGUCAAAGUACCCAAGACUCCAGGAUCAGACACAAGGAAACUCCCACCUAUCAAAGCACCGGUAGGCUUGGCGCCAAAUCCAAAUCUCAAAAAUAUCCGAUCGAAGAUAGGAUCAUUUGAUAAUAUCAGAUAUAAACCAGGAGGUGGAGAUAAGAAGGUGAUUAGCAAAAAGUUGGAGUGGAAAGCAACACCUAAAAUAGGAUCCUUAGACCAUUCCUUCAAAAGUGGAGAAAGAAAACACGGGAAAAGCCAUUCUAAAGGAGAUUUAAAGGACGGAAAGUUAGCUGAUGGCCAGAGUCCCUUACCAUCUGGCGAUGAAGGUGAAACAGAAGGAGCAACAGCUGUUGCCGAAACUCUCAUCAAACCAGAUGGAUCCGGAUCAACGGAAAUGCCAGCCGCCAUAACCGCUGAAUCUUAAGGAUGUAUCACCCACAUUAAUUUCUAAUUUAAUUAAACUAAUCGGUACAGAUAAUUAAUUCAAAAUGUUGUUCUUAUCUUGGUAUAAAAUGUCUUAGGUCUUUAAACAAAAACAAAAGUCGUGUUUCAUUGGACUGUGGCUGCGCUUGUGUUCUCUUUCUGCUACCAGUUCUAAACAUGCAGAUUUUAAUAGCUUCACGAGAAUCAAUGUUUCUGGUUUUUCUGGAAUUUGUUUGGCUUUUAUUAAACUUACCGACUACACAAAUCCUAUUCUAGUUCAUUUUUUCAAAGAGCAUAUCGUUCAUUAUGAAGUAUAUUUAACUAUACGGAUUAAAUUUUUUAGAAAUUCUUUAAUAGAUGUUAUUUAAAUUUUCAAGAAGUUUAAAAUUAUUUAAAUUUUGUUAACUAUGUAUUUACUCAAAUAAAUGUCUUGUGCUGAGAACUUGUGAUAAAUAUAAUGGCAAAACAUUCUACAAAACAGAAUAUGGAAAAUGACGUAAUGAAAACAGUUCCACAAGUUUUCUUUAAAGUAACUCACUGAUCUCUGGAAAGCGCUUUUAAGUACUGAAAACUGAUUUUUUGUGGUAUUUAAACAGCGUUUUAAAUUAAAACAUAAACGAUAAAUUCUACAUGAAUUAAAAGAAUAACCUAUAAAAUUUGAAACAAUUGUGCUACUUGAAUGGCUUCUCAGAACUAUAUAGGCGCAGAUUUGGGUAUAAUAGCAUGCUACAAGUUUAUAUUCCUAAACGAUAGCUAUAUUUCAAUACAAAUAUGCUACCAUCAUAAUUAUAACCAUUCAAUUGUUUAAAGAAUUUCUCAAAUUUUAACUCAUUUUUAUAUAAUUACUUUAAAUCCGUAUCCUCUCAUUUUGAUUAAUUGACAGCAAGAAUAAAUACAAAACAACUACCUACUUUCAUUACUUGGCAAAGUAUUAUUAUUAUAAAUUACCUAGUUGCUCUGACGCUUCUGAUUACAUACUUUAUGACCAUUCCAUAUUUUAACAAGCAGAGAAAAUAUUUAGGCUGGAACCAUUAAAACUGUUCUAACAGCAGAUUAAUAUUCUUAAAACGUUCUUUGUCCUUUGUGUUUUUAAUUCGCCAAAAAAAUAUUCCAUAGACAUCAGAAACUGUGAUUAUUGAGCUGCAUAAUAUAUAUUUAGACGUUGAGGCAUCUGUGGUUCAAUUUUAAAUUUUUAUUGUCAACUCUUUUUGAAUUCAUUCCCUUCCUCGCUUACUUAUUAUCGUUAUAUCCGCACGUAAUAGCAUUAAACAAUGAAUAUGGACUGGUUUUUUACACACAAAUGCUCUGCGAGAUGCCAUAUAAUUUGACAUUUACUGCUGUUUGUGGUGUGGUCGUGAGCGAGGUCUCAUUAAUGGAAUAUUUUUCUUUUACUUAAUUUAUAUUUUUAUUUUUGUUUGUGAGUUCUCUCUUUAAUAUUUUUAAUAUGUUUUAAUGUCUUAGUUAUGUUGUAAUAGGUAAUUCUGAUACGUUACUUUAUUUUCACAUAACUAAAAUUAUAAUGAAAAUCUGAACUCAUUAUAAUAGAUAGUGGAUCUCAAAUUAAAACUAAAUGUUUGAAAAUGAUGAAAUAUAACUGUUGUUUAUAAAUAAUAAACUAUUUAAAUUUUCUUAAUAUUUGAAUUCGUUUGUAUUUUGAAAGGAAUAACUUCGGUGUGUAUGUCUGAUGCAAUUAUAAAUAUGUACAAUUAUUAUAAUAAUUAAUUAUAAUUGAUUAUUAUUAUAAUUGGUAAUAAUAAUUGAUAAUUAAUUUUUCCCCAAAAAUUUUUCUUUACUUGUUCUUAGUUUUGUUUAUGUGCUUCAGAAAAUUUCGCCUAAGCGUACAACUUAAAUGCACUGUUUUCUAGGGAAGCAUCUGCGCACUUAACAUUCACGUUUUACGUCUGCAAGAGCAAUUAAGAGCUUAAAUGUAAUUGUAUUAUUUUCUUAAAUAAUUGCCUAAAUUCUUAGAGUGUCUUCUCUUAGUAUCACAAUAUUAAUUAAUGGAAUAAUUUACUUACAGUAAUUCACAUUUCUUUUAAACAUUUUUGGUACAUUAAUUCCUAACUGAUAUUUCUCACUCGAAAUUUUCAAAGAAUGUGAUUUUAUUAAUCAAAAUGUUAUUUAAAAUUCGCUCUUUGUUAUUUUCAUUAUGUGAAUAUUAAAUAAUCGGGCUAUAAGAUAUAUAAUGUCAUCUGUAUAAUUGUACAUUGUAAAAUUAGAAUCUUUGUAGUGUUGCAAAUGUUAUUGAAGUUCCUAUUUCUAUUCGAAGAACUAUAUCUUGAAAAUUAUUGUAGAAUCUUCAUGCUAAAACAACUACUGCAUGAAUUUUAUUUUAGAAAAAUUUAAAAUGUGUGAUACAUACUUUACCACCGAAAAUCAAAACUUUCAUUAAAAAUUAUUACCUAUCUUCAAAGUAUUAAGUGUUUUACUUCAUCAUUGCGUACACUUUCACAACAUUCAUUUAUGUCGAUACUCUCUCUUAUCACACACGCGUCCACCAAAUUUUGUAAAUAUUCGCUUCAAUUAAUGCAAAUUGAAUUCAAAAUAUUCAUAUUUGUACCCGAAAUUUUCAACAGCUUCGGUAGAUUAAAACGAGCCUAUUCUAGCUCCGAGGGGCAAAUGUGCCUUUUUAAAUUCCUUACCGAUCACAGAUCAUGAGGUGCUUUCGAAAAUUACUUAUCUCUACUAUUAAUGCCCCAGUUAUGUAAAUAUGCUCCUAAAGUUACUUCUGUAUUUAUAUGAAUUUCAAUUUGAAUGGAGAUUUUCCAAAAAAAUUUUUUGUUUGAGUUAAAUGACUUAGUGACAUAGUUUGCUAAGUAAUAUUGAAGAAUCGUAUGUGUAAAGUCAAGCUAAGUCUUCUUCCUAGUUGAGCUUCCCAUUUUCUUUUCUCUCGUAUCUCCCGUCAUAUAAAAUGAAAAAAUCCUUCUAGAAAAUUACACACUGUCUUAUGUAAAUAGCUUUAUAUAUUUCCUGUAAAAAUUAUCUCUUUUUUAUACUUUAAAUGUUUUCUCUUUCUUUUUUUCAUUUAAUGAAAUAAUAUUUCACAUAUAUUUUGUCUCUCUUCACAUCUAAUUUAAGAUUUAUGAUGUGAUGCUGGGUAAUAAAAGAUUUUUAAUGCUUUAAGUAUGCAAAAAAUUAAACUUUAUUUAAUAAGAUUCUGACACAUUUUUGUUGCAUGAUGAAAUAAAUAUUCAUCAUUAGAUUUGCUAAUAAUACGUAAAGUAAGUAGCAGAUAAACUUAAAAGCAAUUUAGAAUAAACGAGUUCUGAAUUACUUGCGUAACUUUUUCUAUUUUUAAAUCAAUAUAAUGACUUUUUCUUUUCAAAAUAUAAAUGCUCGGAUAAUUUUUAAUUGAAUUAUACUUAGCAUUCAGUGAUAAAAAAUUGGAAAGUGUUUUUAUGUUCAUUGUUUUUAAUUUUAAAAUUUUGCUUGCCCUAUAUGCCUACCUUCAAUAGCAGUUGUUAAACAUUUUUAUAAGUUACAAACGAACUUCUAAAAAAAUUUAUACGCACAUGUAUGAGAAUGGCGCAUGUUUAAAUUGAUAUGAUUUUCUAAUACAGUAAACUUUUAAGGAAUUUUACUGUGAUAUAAAUAAAGGUUACAUUAUUAACAUAAGUUCUUUUAACUUUUUUAAUUUUUUAAAUAUGGACAUACAGUUAAAUCCAUUAUUUUUACCUGCUCUUGCAAAUUUGAAACAUUUGCUACUUUUUAUACUUUAAUUUUGGGACUUUAUUCAAAACCUCCCAAUAUAAUUCUGGUAUUUUACAUCUUUAAAAUGGUAAUUUUUAAAUAAAAUAAUUUAAUACUAAAAGAACGUAAAAUUAUGUUACAGCUGUUGAAGAAAUAUUUUCUUGCAAUUACGUGAGAAUAAUUUACAGAAAAUCUGAUGUAGAAGUAUCCUUCUGGGUGGCAAUAACAUUUAGUAAAAGAAUACUGCAUUGAUAUUUUAAUUAAAUUUUAAUCUUCAGUGUUUUCAAUCUUCUUCAUUUUCUCCUAUUCUUUUAAAUACGAUAUUAUGCCUUUCAAACCAAGAAUGAAACAAAACAAAUUUUACUUCUACGUAAAAUAUUUGUUUUCUUUCUACGCAUAUGUAUUAAGUAACGCUUUUACAAUGGAUAUUCAUAGGAACCAAGAACUUCUAAUAAUGUUUAAAUUUAUUAUAAGUAUUUUUUUUUAUCUUUGAAGAGCCUUUUGAGACACCUCUUCGCCAUGAAGUGCUUUCAAAUUUAAAAUAGGUUUAUUCAAUUAGAGGAAGUUUAAACGUAUGUUUUUCAAUGUUAAAAAAUGCUUAAGAAUGUUAAACAAGAAUUCUCGCAAUGUAAAAAAUGGAUAAAUGCUGAAACUAGACUACGCGACAUAAUAUUUCCAGUGUGUUUCGCCUAAAUAAGUUUUACAAUUUUUGGAGCAUUGAGGACAUGAAUUAGGCUACUGUAUGUGUAUUAAUCUAGUCGCUUUGUUAAAUUUUGACAGAACUAGUCAUAGAUAUGACGAAGUUGUGCUUGACGAUUUAAGAAAAAGAGAAUACUUCGUCACAUAGUUAUUGAUGGCCUGUGAUAUAUAAAUAUUACAUAUAUAUUAUACAUAUAUAUAUUUAUUAAGUUUCCUUUGAGUUACACUGAAUUUCUGCUGCUUCCUUUCAUAACUGUGUUCCAUGGAUUGCAUAGUUACUUCUAGCUUUUGCAGCCCUACAUAGUCCAUUUCUCUCCGUUCACUGUGACAGCAGAAAAUUAGCUCACUAUUUAUUCUAUUUUAUCUUUAUCAUCUUUUUCCUUGCGUUAAAACUUUCUAAAUACAAUUUAGUACAGCUGUACCAAUUUUAAUCAUUUUUCUGCAAGUCAACAUUCUUACGAACUGUCAGUGUUGGGCAUAAUCGAGCAAUUUUCGCAGAUGGCUAAAUUAACUUUAUUAUGCCCUUUUUUCGAUACCGUAUUAAAUAAGCAUAUUUACUCUUAAGUUUCUACCUAUUUGAAUUUCUAAACUGUAGUGAAUAUUUAAUUAUUUCCAUUGCAAAUUAUGUAGGUCUAUUUAAGUGUGUUAUAAACUUAUUAAUGGUGGAAAUAAUCGAAGAGUUUAAAGAAAAUUCCUGAAUAUUUUCAGUAAAUGUUGCUAUUUUUCUCAUUUUUCAGACAUGAAAUUCAAUUGUAAUUUUUCUCUAUUGUCAGUAUUAAUCGAUAUUCUGGUGGAAUUAUGGAAUUAUUGUCAUGUGUUUUCAUGUGUUUGCAUUUUUAUUCAGCUGUAUUAUCGCUCAGCGCCUCUAAGCUGAGAAGUUGCAUUAUUUCUUAAAUUCUUUAUAUCUAUUUCAUACUUACUUUAUUACAAUCAAAAACAAAACUUUAUUCUACAGAAAAAGAGCCGUAUGUCUUGUAUCAUCUUUAAAAUUAAUAUUUCAUCAAAAUAUUUCUAUUGCCUAUAAACUCAUACUGUUAGUAUAAUAUGAAAAUUAUUCUCAAGUUGUAUUACUUUGUUAGCUUAACAUUUGGGUUAAAUGCUCACCAUAUUAAAAUUUUUCAGGUAUUCUAAAAGUCUGUAUUGAUAAAGUAUUUAAAAUUCAUAAUAAAGCUUUCGAAAAACCUUUUAUUUAUAAAAUAUACAGCAGAUGUGAUCUUAAUAUAAUAAGAGUAGUUACAAUAAAAAAAUUUAAUUUUCUAAUAGAGCAAAUUUCAUAAUCGUUGGUGUAAGGAGAUUAUAUGUCAUUGCAAUGAAAUCAUAGACACUGAUCGCGACACUGAAAUACUUCUAAUUAAAAAUAAUUCUAAUUAAAAUUUUAUUUCCUGCCUCUGUGUUUAGGUAUUUGAAAUCAAGCUUACCUGUUUCUUAAAAUAUAUUAAAAUAUUUAUCACGCUUAAAAUAUAUUAAAAUAUUUAUCACGCCGGGCCAAUUAAGAAUAUCAAAAAUUUAGGAACACAUGUAUCAUGCUAAAAAAGCACCAAGUAGCAUGGAUAUAUAAAAUAUCACUUAAUAUAUACAUUUUGCCUGUGCAUAGCUUGCUUUUUCAACAGUGCUAUUCUUGAUGUUUCACUUCUCAUUUUUCACGCUUGCAUAUUUCAUUCUCUCUUCGGUCAAAAUUAAUCACUUUAUACGGUAAUGCCUGUGCAAACUUCCAUCAUCGUGAGAAUCCAUCGUGAGUACUAAUCCAUCAUUGUGAGAAUAAGGCUGUGUGUAAUCGUUGCAUUCUUGAAUGGUUUUCAACUACACUUUCAGGUAUUCAUCAGAGAAUAAUUCUGAAUGAUUAUGGAUAUUUUUGGCUAUUUUGUUCGAUUAUGCUUAUCACUUCGGCUUGAUACAGAGCUCGAGAUAAUUCGUAGCUGUUAAUAUCCUCAAUUAUUGGUUUUGUAUCUGGCGUCUUGAUGUUGGCUUUGCUUUGAGUACAUAAAUAUGUGGUUCCAAACUUUAUUUAUUGUAUAAAUAUUAGAAAUGUGUAAGUGGGGUUGUCAGAAGGUUAUUGCGAGACCAUCAUUUUUACUAGUUAGUGGUGAUAAAUAAAAAUGAUAACUAUGCCUUUUGAAUACUAUGUUUUAUUUUAACACCUUAACCGUCACAUUUCUUAUCAGUUAUGCCUUAUAAUUUAUCUAUCUCUACAUGUAAUAAAAUUAAAUUACUAAAAUUACAUAUUUUUAUAUAAAUCCAUUAAUCAGAUAGAAAACUUUUGCUUAACUAAAACUUUCAGCUUCGUAGGAAAAUUAUAUACGUAUAACUCAUUAAUUGUAUUAUCAAGAUUAUUUAUUGCAUAGAACAAUUAGGAUUUUUUCAAACGUUGUUUAUUUAUUUUUUGAGUUUCAGAAAUGAAUACAUAUCAGAAACAUAUCUGCUGCUAUUUUAAGCUACGUAGCAAUGAAAUAUAUUUUAAAUUAGCAUUUAAAAAAGUACUUAAGUUACAUUUGAUUAUAAAAGAAACAAAAACUUACAUUGAACAUCGUAGGAAAUAAUUUUUGGUACCUAAACUUCUUUUCUAUUUAUGUGCUCGAUUUGUAACUUCAUCAUGUUUAUGGAUUUCUUUAACAAGAUAUUUUACUAAAAUAAAUGUAUCUUGCGUAUGUAUACAUUGUACUUUUGUGCAUAUUCAUAAACCUAUUGUUGAUUUUUGAACACUCAGUUAUUGAAAUUCAUAUAUUACUUACACACGUUCUUAAUUUAUCUUUGAUAUGCUAACUUAUGUAAUUUCUAUGAGCAAGGUAUUCUCAAAUUUACAUAUCAUUUAAACCAGAAAAUUUUUCCUUUAACUCUUAUUUACGUUUUAUGUUGCUGUCAUUUGUACUUUACUUCAUUGGUCUGUUUGCAAUCAUAUUAUUCUAAUUCUUUAUAUGAUUUUAUAGAUGAAGUGUCUAAUAAAAUUUGUAUCAGCACGCUACAUUCUGUCUAUAAACAGAUUCCUCAUUAAAUUUAAUUAUUAACGAAAUAAAAAAUAUGUGUAUUAACUUUUUAUUGAUUUAAAGAAAUAUUUCUUUAUUUGUAUAAGUUUCCAGUAGUCAAGUCAUAAAAAUUUUCUUAUUUUCUGAGAUAAUUACCUCUAUAAUAUCUCUUCUGUUUACAUUUUACUACAUAAUAGCCUUUAAUUAUAAUUUUUGUUGCGCUGGCUGCUGGUAAGCUGGAAUAAAGCGAAAGUUUUGUAGAAAUAAAUAAUAAAAAUUUAGAAAAAUGAUGUA